AUGGAGUUUGUUGGCUCUCCCUUAACGGCAAAAUAUGCCCAUCCAAGAUCAAAACCUACCAACUUUCUGCCUCCCAUCAGCACCAUGGCUUCAAGCUAUGAGAACCGUUUUCCUCACUACCCCUUGCUUCAGAGCUUCAGCCUUCCCUGGAUGCCCAGCACCUACUACAAAACAGCUGCCAUCAGCCCAACUUUGGCUUCCUUUUCCAAAAGCUCCCAGGGGUUAACGCCCAGCAAGAUGCUUCCUUGCGUUUCCAACAGAACAACCCUCUUCACCCGGUACACCCCUGAUGACUGGUACAGGUCCAACCUGACCAACUACAAAGAGUCGGAGACUUCCCGGCACAAUGCGGAGCGUCUGAGAGAUGAUACUGGCCUGAUCCAGGAGAAGUAUCAACAGACAAAGAAAACCCAAGUAGAAAGCACCAAAAACCUGGGACAAUGUGUCAAUGAUACUGAAUUUUGGAAACUGGAACUCUGCCAUGAUCUGGAAAAGAUGAUUGGGGUGACCAACGCACUCACGGACAUGAAGAAAUUACUGGAGAGAGCCUUGGCCGAGAUGGAGGCCCCUCUCCAGGUCGCUCAGAAGCGCUUGUUUCACCGGGAGAAGAGGAUGGGCAUUGACUUAGUCCAUGACGAUGUGGAGAAACAGCUCUUCAAGGAAAUCGAUGUCAUCAGGUCCUGCCAGGAGAGGACGCAGCGGUACCUCGACGAGGCAAAGGCCCAGCUCACUUCCAACAGGGCAGCCCAGCACGAGUUGGAGAGGGACCUGGUCAACAAGCAGGUGGCCCACCACAUCGACAACAAUUGCCACCAGCUGAGGAACACCUCGGGCGGCAUCAGCUACUACUGAGGGGUGGAGUGGGUUGAUGCCACGAUCUCGGUGCCGGCAUCGUGGGCCAAGCUCACAGACAACAACAUCCUCCUGUCCCAGAGUGAGCGGGCAGCCUUGGCCAAGCUGCGCAACAUCAAAAACCUGCUGGUGGUGACGGCCAACGAGAUGUGGCACCAGUUCGACGCAGUGAACAUUGCCUUCACCAACCGCAUCGCCGAGACCGCCGACGCCAAGAGCAAGGUUCAGACCCACCUGGCCAAGACACUGCAGGAAAUCUUCCAGAUUGAGAUGAACAUAGAAGCCAUCCGAAAAGCCAUUAGGGACAAAGGGCCUGUGUUAAAAGUGGCGCAGACCUGGCUGGAUGAGCGCACACGGAGAGCAAACGUGGAGCUGUGCCGGGACACUGCCCAGCUCCGCCUCGUCAACGAGGUCCAUGAAAUCGAGGAGACGAUCCAGAGCCUUCAGCAGCGGCUGAGAGACACCAAGGACGCGCUGCAAAUGCUGGUUCAUGCCAAGUCGGUCUUGGAGCGUGACCUGGCCAUCAAAGCCUACUCGCUCUUCAUCGACCAGGAGAAGUGCAUGGGGAUGCGCAAGACCUUCCCCAGCACCGUGCGGCUGGUGGGUUACAUCUAG